ACUAGUACUACUCUUGCGUCAGUCUGGUUCAUUGAUGAUUUAUAAUCUUGUAUCGUAUACGCUUCUCAAAACCAACUCUUUUGCAACACACCAACACAACUUUGAUCACCACCAAUAAAAUCUUGUUGGAAAUGAAGCCAGAAAACCCCGUUCUGCAUUCAAGUACUUCCAGCCCACCUCUAGGUGAAUUAGCCAUUUUAAAGUUGAUAGCAAACAAGACGAUUGAAGUUCAAUGGGAAAAUGGUGUAAGUCAGAGUUCAUUAUCUGUGAAGAAAUAUGUAAACCUGGAAUCAAGCUUGGAUAUUUGUAGAUAUUUGGCCAGAAUCACUCCUGAAGCUGGCCUUUAUGGUGCUUCCAUUUUUGAGGAAAUUGAGGUUGAGCAUUGGUUGUCAUUUUGUAUUGGGCCUCUCUCAUGUGCUCAAGAAUUCAAAGAUUCCAUCUCAUACCUGGAUAAAGUAUUGGCACCGGUGACAUACCUUGUAGCCAACAAACUUACAAUUGCUGACUUGCUUGUCUGGUCUACUUUAUACAACAGCACUCAUUGGGCAGCUCUAAAAUCCAAAGGUAACAAUCCACAAAAUAUUUCAAGAUGGAUAAACUUAAUUGAAGGCCAAACUUGUGUGCAGCAAGCUUUAAACGAACGUCCCGAAGAUGUCAAGACAAAGAAAGCCCAGAGUAAAACUGCUGGUUCCGAGGAAGUUAAGAAAAGUAAAGAAGAAGGCAAGUUUGUAGACCUGCCUGGUGCAGAGAUGGGGAAGGUUGUGGUACGAUUCCCACCAGAGGCUAGUGGUUAUUUGCACAUUGGACAUGCUAAAGCUGCACUUCUCAACCAAUAUUACCAGGAAGCAUUCCAAGGGAAAUUGAUCAUGAGAUUUGAUGAUACAAACCCUGCAAAGGAAAAAGUUGAUUUUGAAAAGGUUAUCUUAGAGGACCUAGAGUUGCUGCAUAUCAAACCUGAUCAGUUCACUCACACGUCUAGCUACUUUGACCUGAUGAUACAGUAUUGUGAGAAGCUGCUGAAGGAAGGAAAAGCCUAUGUGGAUGACACUGAUCCUGAGCUCAUGAAACAAGAGAGGGAGCAGCGAGUCAAGAGCAAAAACUGGGACAACUCGGUGGAGAAGAACUUUCAGAUGUGGGAAGAGAUGAAGCGAGGUUCAGCCUUUGGACAGAAGUGUUGUGUUAGAGCCCGCAUUGACAUGGGCUCAGCCAACGGCUGUAUGCGAGACCCGACCAUCUACAGGUGCAAAAAUGAACCUCACCCAAGAACUGCAGACAAGUACAAGGUAUACCCGACGUACGACUUUGCUUGUCCCAUAGUUGACAGUAUCGAAGGUGUAACGCACUGCCUGCGUACCAUGGAGUACCAUGACAGAGAUGACCAGUUCUAUUGGUUCAUCGAGGCGUUGGGUCUGCGGCGACCUCACAUCUGGGAAUACUCAAGACUCAACAUGACCAACACUGUCUUGUCCAAGCGCAAACUCACCUGGUUUGUGGACGAGGGAUAUGUGGACGGGUGGGACGACCCUAGGUUUCCUACUGUGAGAGGCAUUCUCCGUAGAGGAAUGACUGUGGAAGGACUGAAGCAGUUUAUCAUUGGGCAAGGAUCAUCUCGUUCUGUGGUUGUCAUGGAGUGGGACAAAAUUUGGGCCUUUAACAAAAAAGUGAUUGACCCAGUGGCCCCUCGCUACACAGCCCUGGAUGGACGAGGCACUGUCCCAGUGUUGCUGCCUGGUGUGGCAGAGGAGGUACUCUCUGUACCCAAACAUCCCAAGAACCCUGACGUAGGGGAAAAGUCUGUGUGGGUGGGCUCCCGAGUACUCAUUGACGUGGAAGACGCCAAGACUCUCAAAGAAGGAGAAAAUACAACCUUCAUCAAUUGGGGGAACCUAAAGAUCAAGAAAAUAAACAGACAAGGAGACCAGAUCACAAGUGUAGAUGCAGAACCUAACCUGUCAGACAAAGACUACAAGAAGACUCUGAAGCUGACCUGGCUUGCGGACACUCCCAAAGCUCCCUUCACACCAUGUGUGUGUGUCUACUUUGAACACAUCAUCAGCAAGCCAGUUUUGGCCAGGGAUGAAGACUUCAAGAAGUACAUUGGCCACGUCACCAAGACGGAGGUGGUCAUGUUAGGAGACCCUGAGCUAGCUAAUGUCAAGAAGUCAGAAAUCAUUCAACUGCAAAGACGAGGUUUCUUCAUUUGUGACAGCCCUUAUGAGCCUCCAAGUGUACACACUGGCAGAGCAUCACCUAUCAUCCUGUUCUCAAUUCCUGAUGGUCACACCAAGGAGAAUCCUACAGCUGGAGUGCCCAAGAAGCAGCCUCUGUCAUCUAAAGAGAAGGCAUCGUCGGCCAAGGGCAAGUCAGCAGAGAAGUCACCAGUAGAGGAGGUGAGCCCUGCGCUGCCUGUAGACCCCAGCACAGUAGAACAGCACCUACAGGAACAAGCAGACAGAGUUCGCCAGCUCAAGGCAGAGAAGGCUCCCAAGGCGACUAUUGAUGCAGAGGUGAAGAAGCUGCUGGCUCUCAAGGAGGCAAAAGCUUCGUUAGACUCAAAGCAGCAACCAGAGACUUGUUCAGCAGGUGAUGCGAACUCACUUCAUCAGCAAAUCACAGCUCAGGGUGAUAAGAUUCGCAAGUUGAAAGGUGAGAAAGCCGCUAAAGAUGUGGUGACCUCAGAAGUUAACAUCUUGUUGAACUUAAAGGCUGAAUUCAAGAAAGUGACAGGUCAAGAUUGGAGUCCCCAGAUUCAAAUACCCAAAUCUGCUGUGGAAAAUAAACCUGUCGACAACAAAGACACUGAAGCUCUCAACCAGAAGAUUGUAGCCCAGGGUAAUAAAGUGAGACAACUCAAGGGCGAGAAAGCUGGCAAAGAAGUCAUCAAUAAAGAGGUACAAGCUCUCUUGGAACUGAAGAAGGAUUUUAAAGCUGUAACAGGGAAUGAGUGGAAGCUGCAAGAAGUAACCACGGCUAAUGUGAAAACUAGUGUACCAGAAACACAAGGAGCAGCCGAGUUGUUGACAGCUAAAGUGUCCCAGCAGGGAGACCUGGUGCGACAACUGAAAACAUCAGGAGCACCCAAGGACAAAGUUGACGAGGCUGUAGCUCAGCUGUUGGCAUUGAAGGCUGAGUACAAACAAGUGACAGGGAAAGAUUUUCCCCGUGCUCCAGCUCCAGCAGCACAGCAGAAGAAAACUGUAGUCAAAGAGAACAUUGUAGACGCUCCACCCCCAGACAACAACAUGUCUGCUGAGGAUAUCACAGCCAAAGUCACACAGCAAGGGGACACUGUGCGUCAGCUCAAGGCCUCUGGAGCUGAUAAGUCAACAAUAGACCAGGCUGUGGCACAACUACUUGCACUGAAAGAAGAGUACAAGAAAUUGACUGGUAAAGAUUUUCCUGCACCCAAACGAGCUCCUAGUGCGAAAAAAGAGAAGCAGCCUCCAGCACCAAAGAAAGAGAAAGCCAAAGAAAAAACUCCUGAAGCUGACGAUGCUAAUGCUGGAGGUCUGAAGAAACAAACUCGAUUAGGACUGGAGGCAAAGAAGGAAGAAAAUCUACCAGAGUGGUACUCUCAGGUGAUCACCAAAGGAGAGCUGAUAGAGUACUACGAUGUCAGUGGCUGCUACAUACUACGACCCUGGGCCUUCAGUAUCUGGGAGCACAUCCGGGACUGGCUGGAUGCUGGGAUCAAGCGCUACGGAGUCAAGAACUGCUACUUCCCCAUCUUUGUGUCUAGAGCUGUUCUUGAGAAGGAAAAAACUCAUGUCUCUGACUUUGCUCCAGAGGUGGCGUGGGUAACCAAGUCAGGGGACUCGGAGCUGGCUGAGCCCAUCGCCAUCAGACCCACCAGUGAGACUGUCAUGUACCCAGCCUACGCCAAGUGGGUACAAUCACACAGAGAUCUACCAAUCAAGCUAAACCAGUGGAACAAUGUUGUGAGAUGGGAAUUUAAACACCCUCAACCUUUCCUUCGCACCAGAGAGUUCCUGUGGCAAGAGGGUCACACGGCUCAUGCUAGCUUACCUGAUGCUGAGCAAGAGGUUAUGGACAUUUUAGGUUUGUAUGAAGGAGUUUACACUGAACUUUUGGCUAUUCCUGUCGUUAAGGGGAGGAAAACCGAGAAGGAAAAGUUUGCUGGAGCUGUGUACACUACUACUGUUGAGGCCUUCAUCUCAGCUAGUGGCAGAGCAAUACAGGGAGCCACAUCACACCAUCUAGGGCAAAACUUUUCAAAAAUGUUUGAGAUUGACUACGAAGAUCCUGAAACUCAAGAGAGACAGUUUGUAUACCAAAACUCCUGGGGUUUGACUACCAGAACAAUAGGUGUUAUGAUAAUGAUCCACGCAGACAACCAAGGUCUAGUGCUCCCUCCAAGAGUGGCAGACGUACAGGUGAUUGUGGUGAUGUGUGGGGUGACAGUGAGUCUGAAGGAUGAUGACCGCAAAUCUCUACUGUCAGCUUGUCAAGGUCUGGAGACUCAGCUGAGGGCUGCAGACAUACGUGUACAAGGGGACUACAGAGACAACUACUCACCAGGCUGGAAGUUUAACCACUGGGAGCUCAAGGGAGUGCCAAUCAGAGUGGAGAUCGGACCAAAGGACCUCAAGAACCAACAGCUUGUAGCCGUGAGGAGGGACACUGGGUCUAAGAUCACUAUCCCCAUGGCUUCUGCCACCACUGGCUUGAAGAAAAUGUUGGACGAGAUUCACUCCAAUCUGUUGGCCAAAGCAACAGAGGAUUUGAAGAGCCACAUAAAAGAAGUAGAAGACUGGUCAUCUUUCUGCAAAGAGCUGGACAACAAAAACCUUCUACUUGCUCCAUUCUGCGGAGAAAUACCUUGCGAGGACAAAAUCAAAGAAGAAAGUGCAAGUGUGGAGGUGGAGGCAGGUGCUCCAGCUAUGGGAGCCAAGAGUCUGUGUAUCCCCUUCGACCAACCUCACGGUGGAGUCAAGCCUGGCACCAAGUGUAUUCACCACGCAUGCUCCAAACCUGCCAAAUACUACACUCUGUUUGGCCGAUCAUACUAGAAAUUAGAAAAUCCUACAAUUUAUUAAUAAAUGAAAAUUUAUCAUUUUCCUUGUAUUUUA